AUGGAUAAGGGAUGUUCACAACGGACGAUCCGGGCCACAGGAGGGGGCGAGGAGGGGCAGGCGGCGGGGAGGAGGUCCGCGGGGCCGGGGCUGCCGGGGCGGUGGGGGGCUGCCGGGGCGGAGCCGCGGGGUGCCCCUCCCGGCUCCAGUAUAAACCGGCGGGGCGCGGGCGUGGGGCUGCCUUCUCUGGGGUACCCGGGGCCGCACAGACGCCUCCUGCCCGCAGCCAUGGCGAGGGGGCAGCUGUCGGGGGGCGCUUGGGGGACUCUGGUGCUGUUGGGGCUGAUGCUGCCGGCGGCACCGGCGGGAGCUUGGUACAAGCACGUCGCCAGCCCCCGGUACCACACGGUGGGACGCGCCUCGGGGCUGCUGAUGGGCGUCCGCCGCUCCCCGUACCUCUGGCGCCGGGAGCUGCCGGCAGAACCUCCGCACCGCCCCGGCGGCACCGCGCCCGCUGCCGCCCCGCAGCCCCCGGGGAGCCCCGCGGGGGACCCUCCGCCGCCGCCGGGUCCCGGCCACCUCCUGCAGCGCCUGCUCCGCCGGGGCUGGGGUUGGGGGGGGCCGCGUCCUGCCCCCGCCCGGCCGCCGCCCUCCGCCCGUGAAGCUCAGCCUCGCCCCAUUGAAGACCCCGCUGUGCUGCGCUGAAGGCUGGGCAGGGAUGCUCCAGGAGCUGAGCAGUGCCGGCUGCCCAUGAUGGGGACUGUUCAGUGACUGCUGAGUUCCAUCGGUGCUUCUCUGGCUGCUCUGACCUCUGAAAGCAUACAGACAAUUGCAUUCAAAAUAAUAAUAAUAAUAUGAUGUAUAUCAGAUCUUUUUCUCACCCACUGCCCAAAUGCGGUGGUAAAUUCAUCUUGUUUUCAGGUCAACUUAGUGCUAUGAACUUGGGGAGAAAUGAACAGGGAAGAUAUUUAUUUAUUUAUUUUCGAUUUCUGUACUAGCUUGUUUGCAAUAUGACACAAACACUGUUUGCUUCCUAGGAUCCUGCCCUCAUUAAACUGAGACUCAAUCAAAGGAAACUUGUA